ACUGUAGUUUCUAUUGGGGAACUGAACUGGGGAAGGAAGUGAACUACUCCAUCCAGUAUUAGAGUCCAGCAGGAGCUCUAAACUGAUACGUCCACGUUUCCCUCUCCAGACGUCGUUUCGUUUCGUUUUGUCCAAGCUACAGAACAAUACAAAUUCCCAGUUUUGUCAAUCCAAAUCUGUUGAGCAGUACAUACGGGUAAGUGUGAAUUCAAAAAGGAAAACACACAGGAGCAAUGCAAAUUCAUAUAGGAAAAUCGAGUUGAAUGGAAGAUGUGACUCCGGUGUUUUAUCCCCUUCCAACCACAAGAGACUUUCUCAAGGCUCCGGUGCUUGUUGCCUUCUUCGAUCUCUUUGUCCCUCCCUCCCUCCUCCAUCAGCUACUUUUCUUCUGUCAGUCAGGAGCUCGAGCUCCUCCUCGCCUCGCCUCCAUCGAAAAUGACUUGAAUCGCAAUCCAAGAGGUGAAGGUGCCAUCUUUCAUGUGAUGAUGAAUGUUCUCUCAAGCCACCCCCAAAAUAUGAAGCUUCGGAUUCAGGAGAUCUCUCACAGUCACAAACGGAGGUCCUGCAGGGUUCAAUGUCCAUACGCACUGGACUCCCCUUGUGGAGGAGCAGGGGGACAUCUAGCACUUGUUCAUCCCCGCUGGAGGCGUCAUCCAUUCGUUGCAGUCAGAGCAGCCAGUGGCAGCGGAGGAGAAUCGAGCAGUGAUGAAGACGAUGAUGACCAAGAAAAGCAAGCAAGAAAGAGGUUUGCUUGUAUUAUCAAGCAAAGUACAUUCUGCUCUGGGGUAGCUCUGGGUCUGGGUUGUCCAGGGAGGAUCUGGAACGGCUAGUCGGGCUUGACGAUGCCAGGUUCAAUGGAUUCGAUCUUGCAAUCCUCAUCAGGAACAAGUACGUAGAUCAUAGGAUGUCACGCUCAUAAAGAAGGUUGUACAUGUAUUGUAUCGAUGGUGCAGUCAUUUUGUGCUUCAUCACUAGUUGGAUCACAUAUCAGUUUUCCAUCGAGUAAGUUACCUAGGUAGUUGUUUUUGCCAUUCUGCUGAUGUGGCGCAGGAGUUCAUGGGAAGGAAUCUGUUGGCUAUGAAUGUGAUGUGGAAGUACAGGGAGCAUGUGAGUGGUUUUCACUUUGAUCCCCUAGUUCAGUUCCCUCCGAUCCAUCUGCUGAACUCGUGUAUCCCAUCUCAACUCAUGUAUACUAACUAGUAGUGUAAUCUGUAGUUGUUGGUUGAUAGAUACUGUUAGUGCAAGAAAAUAUCUUCCAUGAACAAGUGUGGUGAGAACCUCCUCUAG